ACUCUUUUCAAACAUAAAAAAGGUGAAAAAUAUUUGUUUGUAUGGAAAACAAUGAUAGUUGAUUGGUCCAUCUGUUUGCAAGCAAUACUCCUUUUCUAGGACUCUUCUUUUCCGAAAUGGCUUUAUAAAUUUGUCAUAACCUCCAAUGUUUUCAUUUGUUCCAUUGUUCUUUUUGUUUCUGUUUUUCACCUUUUCGCAACUGUAUGGACGGCAUGACAGGAGUUACAGAGUAGUGUUGACAAAUUUGAGACAGCUGACAGGUGGGCGGGACAUUGACACUGUACGAAUUUAAUUUGAACAUUUUUACUUUACUCUCAUUUACUCGACUAAGUAUUCCCUCUGAUUCACUUGAACCAUUUAAACGACCGAGCAGAGGCCCUCGGGUUGUUGUUCAGCAGUGUUUGUGAACCAGGACAGCACCUUUGACAUGCGCGCUUCCUGAUCUUCAAAAUGAAUGAAUGGGAUAAUCUGUUUGUCUACCCACCAACUUCAUUGAACUAUGCGGCAAGCAAUGGAGACGUUGAUCUUCUUCGAGUCCAUCUCCAGGCAGGAAAAAGGCCAGACACUAUGGACCACAGGGGAUGGACACCCCUCCAUGUCGCAGCUGCAAACGACAAGCUGGAGUGUAUUGACGUACUCUUAGAAGAUUCUCGCACCAACCCAUUGCAAAGAACACAUAGUGGAGACACUGCUGCAGAACUUUCAGUGAUCUCAAAAGCAAGUUUGCCAGUGGUUAAGAGACUGUUGGAAAAUGGUGGCAGAACUGUUAUGAAACCAUUCAUGCUACAUGUUGCCUGCUACAAUGGUUCGCUAGAUGUGGUUAAGCUUCUAGUUAGCAGUGGAUGUGAUAUCAAUGUGCACGAAGAAAUAAAUGAGCAGACCCCACUCCAUCGAGCAGCAGAGGGAAAACGUCAAGAAGUAUUGCAGUAUUUGCUUAGUAUUGGAGCCAAAGUGAACCUUGGUGAUAGUUCUGCCUGUACUCCACUUUUUGAAGCUGUUCAACAAGACUCUCUUGAAUGUGCUAAAAUUUUGCUGCAAGCCGGGGCCAAACCAAACAGACGGACAUGUGAUGGAGUCACUCCGCUAAUGAUGGCUUGUCAAAAGGGUAAUUGUGAAAUGGUUAAACUAUUGCUAUCAUUUGGAGCUAAGCCGAAUUUGUAUGCCAAAGACUAUUCCAUGGCAUUGACACUGGCAGUGCAUGGUGGCUGGGUUGAUAUAGUACGUAUUUUGAUGCCUCUCCUAUGCCACAAUACUGUGGUAAAUGCAAGUCGAAAUCCAAGUGCAGGAGCUGUCUCAUUGUUUUGUGUUGCUAUUGAUUCUGAAUCUGAAGAGUGUCUGUCAAUUCUGCUUGAAGCUGAUCUCCCUCUUGAAGUAAAAAUGUGGCCUCUUCACCGCAAAUUUCGAGACAUGCAACCGCAUGUCAAGUAUACAAAAUGUGGGGCCAUGAGUUUUUUAUUGAUGGACAAGAUGUCUGAAUUUGGGGAUCGUACUAUUGCUAUACUGGAAAAGCUCAUCCAAGCAGGGUUCCCUGUGAAUGUAAAGAAGAAAAGUGAACUCUCCCCAUUGGUUGCAGCUCUGCUUUUCCCAUUGCUUCAACCUCCUGUUGGCCAAGUCGCCAUUCUAGAUCGCUUGGUUUCUGCUGGUGCCGAAGUGGACUACAGAAGUAUGCCCUCUAAUAAGUUGCCAGAUGCUCUUCUUGCUGCCUGUCUGAAAUGCAAUGGGCUGGCCCUGAAAGCUUUACUGCCAUUUAGUGCUGUGUGUCCCCACCAACUUCUGGAGCAUUUUAUAGAAGCCAAGUCUACUAUAUUUUGCUACUUUUUAAUUGCAGAAGCAUCAUUGGGUGAUGAUUUUUCAGGACUAGAAGCCAAGGUUAAUAACUUGAUUCAAAAUAAGCCAAACAAAGAAGUGUGGCUUAAUUUCUUACCCCGCUUGCGGGAGAGUUUCCCUUCUCUUCAGGGUAUAGCCAGAAGAAAAGUGCGUGAAUGUAUAAGGAGCCACACGGCUAACACCCAAGAAUUUCUGCAGUGCAUAGAAAAUUUAAAUGUGCCAAGUUUGAUAAAAAGCUAUCUUCGUUUUAGAGUAUGACAUCAAAGUAAGGACUGCUCAGGUGUUAUGAAUUUUGUGACAAUUUUUUUUCCUAUCAAUUUUAAGUUUUUUGACAUUUAUAACAUCUAACCAGAGAGAACAUGUUUAGUUAAGUAGUAAUAUACUAUUAUUUGUAAUAUCCCCUGUAUACUAUUGUUGUGUUGCCUGUUUGGUUUAAUCACUGCCGAGAGUUCUGUGAUUUUGCAUUAUUAGGAGACUGUGAGAAAUCUGUUCAUUACUGUGAUUAUAAAGCAAAAGGAGUGAAGAGGAGCAUUAACUUAGUUUCCUUAGAGCAAGCUGUGAUCUGAAUUAGAUUUAAUUAUUCUUGUAAGCAAGUUCUGUUAAGAGACUUUUAUAUUCUUUUUUCCACCAGUUUUAUUACUUGAUACAAAAGAUAGAUUAAAAACAAACAAUAGCAAUAAAUCGUUUUACUAGACA